CAUCGUGCCCCCUGGCGGGGCGACAGGCAUCGUGCCCCCAGGCGGGGCGACAGGCAUCGUGCCCCCAGGCGGGGCGACAGGCAUCGUGCCCCCAGGCGGAGCGGCGGGCGCCGGACCCCCAGGCGGAGCGACAGGUCUCGGGCCCUCAGGCGGAGCGCGGCGGGCGCCGGACCCCCAGGCGGAGCGACAGGUCUCGGGCCCUCAGGCGGAGCGGCGGGCGCCGGACCCCCAGGCGGAGCGACAGGUCUUGGGCCCUCAGGCGGAGCGGCGGGCGCCGGACCCCCAGGCGGAGCGACAGGUCUCGGGCCCAUAGGCGGAGCGGCGGGCGCCGGACCCCCAGGAGGAGCGACAGGUCUCGGGCCCUCAGGCGGAGCGGCGGGCGCCGGACCCCCAGGUGGAGCGACAGGUCUCGGGCCCUCAGGCGGAGCGGCGGGCGCCGGACCCCCAGGUGGAGCGACAGGUCUCGGGCCCUCAGGCGGAGCGGCGGGCGCCGGACCCCCAGAUGGAGCGACAGGUCUCGGGCCCUCAGCGGGAGCGGCGGGCGCCGGACCCCCAGGUGGAGCGACAGGUCUCGGACCCUCAGGCGGAGCGACAGGUCUCAGGCCCCCAGGCGGAGCGGCGGGCGCCGGAUCCCCAGGCGGAGCGGCAGGCGCUGGAACCCCAAGCGGAGCAACAGGUCUCGGGCCCCAGGCGGAGCGGCGGCACCGAGUCACCAGGCACGACAGUGGGCUCCGAGUCAACUGGUAUGACCGCAGGCACUGGGUCAGACAUUGUAUGGUCUGGCUGGAC